UGUUAUUGCGUGAAUCCAUUGGACGGCAAGUUUACGUUUGGUCUGUCAUUAUUAGAGGACGCGUCAAACGUGACGUGUAAGUGUGCCGACCAUUUCUAUCAGACCUACUCUACCAUACCGUCAAAGGCGUGCCGUCGGGAUGAGGACACAGGUAAGUGCUCGUGUCACAAAUCGCCCGACAGUAACGCGUGCGCCGAUGAAGUGGAUCAGCUAAAUCUGGAGCGAUUUGCGCAGAUCAGCCCCAAGUGCAGCGGUACCGGCAAUUUUGAGCCCUUACAGUGCAUUAAUGGCACCUGUUUUUGUGUGGAUGAGGCCACCGGUCGCCCCACACCCGAUAAGGCAGCUCUAUAUGGUGCACUUCAGACUUUACCAUGUUUUGAUUUGGAAAAAGCAAAAAAAGUAAAUACAAAGGAAUCGGACGCUAAUUAUCUAAACCCAUGUGAGAAGCAAUUGCGUCGACCCGAAGCCCUAUCCUUGGAGUUCAAGAAGAAGGGCACAGAACUGAAGAAUAUGAAGGAAGUGGUCUGUUCUCCUGAUGGCAAAUACGCCCUCAAACAGUGCACCGACACCGUGUGUAUGUGUGUGAAGCCGGACACCGCCGGACUGGCCGACAAUUAUCGUUUGGACUUAGCCAAGGCUACGGACAUGGAGUGCAUGUGCGCUCUGCAGGGAUACCUCUCCAAACAGGGCACCUCCUAUAAUAACUUGGCCUGCGAUCCAUCGGGCAAUUUCCAGGCCUACCAGUGCUCGAGCGAAGGUCGCAAAUGCAAUUGCGUGGACCCGUAUGGGGCGGCCAUCAGCGAAGAGGUGGACACCCAAUUGCGUCGACCCGAAGCCCUAUCCUUGGAGUUCAAGAAGAAGGGCACAGAACUGAAGAAUAUGAAGGAAGUGGUCUGUUCUCCGGAUGGCAAAUACGCCCUCAAACAGUGCACCGACACCGUGUGUAUGUGUGUGAAGCCGGACACCGCCGGACUCGCCGACAAUUAUCGUUUGGACUUAGCCAAGGCUACGGACAUGGAGUGCAUGUGCGCUCUGCAGGGAUACCUCUCCAAACAGGGCACCUCCUAUAAUAACUUGGCGUGCGAUCCAUCGGGCAAUUUCCAGGCCUACCAGUGCUCGAGCGAAGGUCGCAAAUGCAAUUGCGUGGACCCGUAUGGGGCGGCCAUCAGCGAAGAGGUGGACACC